GGUCAAUCCCUUGAAGUUGUAGCCUUGCGGCUGUCGUCUACACGCAACACGCGGGUGAUAAUUGCACAAUGACAGCUGGCAUAUGCUGUGGACGAUGGCACGAAUGCAAAGAGCACCACACCCGCCUCGUUCAUCAACAAACUGCAAAGGUGUUAUUCAAGUCUGACGAACGAAUGGUGCACGUAGAGCGGGACAAGGUAACCAUGAGAUUCCAUUGUCCACGAUGCGAGAAGUCCUAUCCCGAUCCGAAAACUUUGCGCAAACACUGCCGUGGACAACUUGUUGACUGUCGUUUGCGCAACAACGGGAGGAAACAAUCUAAGCAAGGCAUGGCCCAUAGACAUCGGUCUCGGAGCCGCUCGCCGGACGAUACUUCCGCACACAGCAGCGAUGAAAGCCACGUAUCACGCGACACCGGUGCCAUGGCGUCGACGUCGACGCGUCCUGUUCGACGUGGUGGUACCCAUACGACCCGAACUCAGCGCGCACUCGUGCGUGGAUACUGGGAGGACGAGUAUACCGUGCAUCAGAUCACGGAGUACAUGAACCUGACCCGACGCGAUACCUGGCACGCGAUCAAAAACCAGUCGGGCGAUAAUCUUGAUGAGGAUGAAGACUAUCGUAACGGGACAAUUGGCGAUGUCAUCAACGUGGAGAAUCUCUUGCUGGACAUCGAGCCGCAGGGGAAAGCGUCGAUCAAGGGCGAAGAAGAGGAUAUAGAAGAGGUCGACGAGAAGGUUGACAUGGAUAUACAGAGCGACAACGAUGAGUUAGAGUAUGUGGACGUUGAGAUGCUGGGUAUCCAGCCGAUUGGGCCCGGCUCACGCGGAGCGGCCCAACGCAAUCAACAGCACCCUCAGGUUUCACCGGUCGUAACUAGCCCGUCUCAGGCUGUUGACCCAGUCAGGGCGCCGACCUCAUUGAAAACCAACACGAACGUGAAGGACGACCCCCAGUUCCCAGUCCCUACCACUCCACUGUCCACGCCGGACUUCGCACGAAGAGCCGCAGGUUCCAACACACCGCGUGAUGCCGCGCAGAGCUCGCACAACAACACUGGUACCUCUAGCUCGUCAACAGCUAGCAGUGAGAAUGGCACAGCACGCUUGGAUAGACAAAUAAGUCCUAUUCAGGCUUUCUUGGGACAGCUGAAGCGGCCGCUCAGUCACUUGACGGGUGCCUUCACCGACUUUGGAGUUUCCACGGAGGAGGAUCUGGAUGUCCUGUCUGUUUUAAAGGAUCAGUGGGUGCUCCUGCAGACCUUCCUAUGUGACACAAAGAAAGCUACGUAUUUUGAGUGGAUGAUACUGAAGGCUGGAUUGGAACUACGGGCGGCCUGGCAGACAUCGUGCAAGUGAAGAUAGUACUAGUGUAGGGAAUCAUUGUAUCAUCAGGAACAAUCUUAGUGGAAUACCUCGAAGAUAAUCUGACGUUUGAAUAGUAUGUGCAGCUGUUAUGUGCUGCUUAAGAAU